AUGGCAUCCACCACUGCGUGUGAAUCCAUCUCGCUCACCGAGCCAGGAGAGCGGCCGAUCUCGAUGGUGCCAGAAGCACCACACAAUGAUUCUUCCGUUACCGAGGCUAAAGUCCCUUACCUGAAGCUCAUCGCAUCGGGCUUCUCCUUUUUCGUCGCUGGUGUCAACGACGGCAGUUUAGGCUCCUUGCUUCCCUACGUGCUCGAGACGUAUCACGUUAGUACCGGUCUGGUAAUUAUCGUUUAUGUUACAACUCUCGUGGGCUGGUUGGUGGCCGCCCUAACCAAUAGCACCGCCUGCCAAUACCUUGGAUUAGGUUCUAUGCUCGCUCUGGGGGCUGCGCUUCAGGUGCUAGCCCAUGUCCUGCGUGCCUGGCUUCCGCCGUUCCCAUUAUAUGCUAUAACUUUCUUCCUAGCUAGUCUAGGACAAGCAUUCAAUGACACCCAUGCCAAUACAUAUGUCGCUGCGGUCAAGGCCGCCCACCGAUGGCUCGGCUUUAUCCAUGCCAUGUACAUGGCUGGGUGUCUCGUCGGGCCAUUGGUGGCUACCGCUGUGGCGUCUGCUAAUAGGCAGUCACAGUGGAAUUUAUUCUAUGUCUUUCCACUUGGUUGGGGUUUAAUCAACCUGAUCCUGGUAUUGAUAGCCUUUCGCGAUAGCAUGUCCGUCCAUCAUUCCUCAGAAGCCGUUCAAAGCGACGACCCGCGGGCUUCGGGUCAGAACAGUCGCGGCAGCCGUGCCGUAAGGGAGAUCAAGGAUACACUUCGUGUACCAGCUGUCUGGUUGACAAGUCUCUAUUUUUUUCUUCUUCCUGGGAGCGGCCAUCACGGCCGGUGGGUGCCCAAUAUAGGCGUUGAGGCCAUGGCUAUCUGCUUGUUGGGCUUCUUCUCGGGGCCCUUCUUCGCAACAGGAAUAUCGGUCGCAUCUAAAAUCUUUCCGGCUAACAUUCGUUCCUCCGGGAUUGCAUUCGUCUUCGUGUUGGGGCAGAUUGGAGGAUCGCUCUUCCCCGUAUUGACAGGCAUCAUCUCUUCCCACACCGGCGUCAAGGCCCUGCAGCCCAUGUUAUUGGCUCUACUGUGCGCUACGGGUAUCAGCUGGCUGCUGGUGCCUACUAAGGCGCCGAGACUGCGUGCAGAUUGA